GGGGAGCGAGCGGUUGCGGAUCCAGGCAUUCACCGGAGCAGCCCGCGGAUACUCGGCGCCGCCUGCCUCCGGGUGAGCCCUCUGCGAACGCCGCUGUCCCCGGGAAGCCGGGGCGCCCGAUUGACAGAGGAGCGGUCGGACCCAGCGGAGUCCCGCUUGGCGGCCGGAGGACGCGGACGUAGACCCGGGGCGGAGGCGCACCGCGAGCCAGUCAUGUCGGUGGUGGGGCUGGACGUGGGCUCCCAGAGCUGCUACAUCGCGGUGGCCCGGGCCGGGGGCAUUGAGACCAUCGCCAAUGAAUUCAGCGACCGGUGCACCCCAUCAGUCAUAUCAUUUGGGUCAAAAAACAGAACAAUUGGAGUUGCAGCCAAAAAUCAGCAAAUCACUCAUGCAAACAAUACAGUGUCUAACUUCAAGAGGUUUCACGGCCGAGCAUUUAAUGACCCCUUCAUUCAAAAAGAGAAGGAAAACUUAAGUUAUGAUUUGGUUCCGAUGAAAAAUGGUGGAGUUGGAAUAAAGGUAAUGUACAUGGAUGAAGAACAUCUGUUUAGUGUGGAACAGAUAACAGCCAUGCUGUUGACUAAGUUAAAAGAAACUGCUGAAAACAACCUCAAGAAACCAGUAACAGACUGUGUUAUUUCAGUCCCCUCUUUCUUCACAGAUGCUGAGAGGCGAUCAGUAUUAGAUGCUGCGCAAAUUGUUGGUCUAAAUUGCUUAAGACUCAUGAAUGACAUGACAGCUGUUGCUUUGAAUUAUGGAAUUUAUAAGCCCGAUCUCCCAGGCCUGGAUGAGAAACCUCGGAUAGUGGUUUUUGUUGAUAUGGGACACUCAGCUUUUCAGGUGUCUGCCUGUGCCUUUAACAAGGGAAAAUUGAAGGUACUGGGAACAGCUUUUGAUCCUUUCUUAGGAGGAAAAAACUUUGAUGAAAAGUUAGUAGAACAUUUUUGUGCAGAAUUUAAAACUAAGUACAAGUUGGAUGCAAAAUCCAAAAUUCGAUCCCUUCUUCGUCUGUAUCAAGAGUGUGAGAAGUUGAAAAAGCUAAUGAGCUCCAACAGCACAGACCUGCCACUGAGCAUUGAGUGCUUCAUGAAUGACCAGGACGUGUUGGGAAAGAUGAACAGGGCACAAUUUGAAGAACUCUGUGCUGAACUCCUGCAAAAGAUAGAAAUUCCCCUUUAUUCACUGAUGGAACAGACUCAGCUCAAAGUAGAAGAUGUGAGUGCUGUUGAGAUAGUUGGAGGCACUACACGAAUUCCAGCUGUGAAAGAAAAAAUUGCCAAAUUCUUUGGAAAAGAUGUUAGCACAACACUCAAUGCAGAUGAAGCAGUUGCCAGAGGCUGUGCACUGCAGAGUGCAAUUUUGUCUCCAGCAUUUAAAGUUAGAGAGUUUUCUGUCAUAGAUGCAGUUCCUUUUCCAAUAUCUCUGGUCUGGAGCCACGAUUCAGAAGACACUGAAGGUGUUCAUGAAGUGUUCGGUCGAAACCAUGCUGCUCCCUUCUCCAAAGUCCUCACCUUCUUGAGAAGCGGGCCUUUUGAACUGGAAGCUUUCUAUUCUGAUCCUCAAGGAGUUCCAUAUCCAGAAGCAAAAAUAGGCCGCUUCAUAGUUCAGAAUGUUUCUGCACAGAAAGAUGGAGAAAAAUCUAGAGUGAAAGUGAAAGUGCGAGUCAACACCCAUGGCAUUUUCACCAUCUCUACAGCGUCUAUGGUGGAGAAAGUCCCUGCCGAAGACAGUGAAUUGCCUUCUGUUGAAGCGGAUAUAGAGUGUCAGAGCCAGAGACCUCCAGAAAACCCAGACACUGAGAAAAAUGUCCAGCAAGACAGCAGUGAAGCUGGAACACAGCCCCAGGUACAAACUGAUGGUCAACAGACCUCACAGUCUCCCCCUUCACCUGAACUUACCUCAGAAGAGAACAAAACCCCAGAUGCUGACAAAGCAAAUGAAAAGAAAGUUGACCAGCCUCCAGAAGCUAAAAAACCCAAAAUCAAGGUAGUGAAUGUGGAGCUGCCUGUUGAGGCCAACUUGGUCUGGCAGCUGGGGAGAGAUCUGCUUAACAUGUACAUCGAAACAGAGGGUAAGAUGAUAAUGCAGGAUAAAUUGGAGAAGGAAAGAAACGAUGCUAAAAAUGCAGUGGAGGAAUAUGUGUAUGAGUUCCGGGACAAGCUGUGUGGACCAUAUGAAAAAUUCAUCUGUGAGCAGGACCAUCAAAAAUUUUUGCAGCUGCUCACAGAGACUGAGGACUGGCUCUAUGAGGAAGGAGAGGACCAAGUGAAACAAGCCUAUGUGGACAAACUGGAAGAAUUAAUGAAAAUUGGCACUCCAGUUAAAGUUCGAUUUCAAGAAGCUGAGGAACGGCCAAAAGCAUUUGAAGAACUAGGCCAGAGGCUGCAGCACUAUGCCAAGAUAGCAGCCGACUUCAGGAAGAGUGAUGAGAAAUACAGUCAUAUUGAUGAGUCUGAAAUGAAGAAGGUCGAGAAGUCAGUGAAGGAAGUGAUGGAGUGGAUGAAUAACAUCAUGAACGCCCAGGGUAGAAAGAGUCUGGACCAGGAUCCAGUUGUACGUGCUCAGGAAAUUAAAGCAAAAAUAAAGGAGUUGAAUAACACCUGUGAACCUGUUGUAACACAACCCAAACCAAAAAUUGAGUCACCGAAACUGGAAAGAACUCCAAAUGGCCCAAAUACUGAUAAAAAGGAAGACGAUUUAGAUCAAGGCAAAAAUAAUUUCAGUGCUGAACCUCCACAUCAGAAUGGUGAAUGUUACCCUAACGAGAAGAGUUCCAUUAAUAUGGACUUGGACUAGAUAACAUUAAAUUGGCUCCAAUUAAUAAAAUAUUUUUGCUGUAGUAUGUGACUCUAUAUAACAUACUAAGACUAUUUAUAUUUUCUUUUUUAAGGAUGUUUAGAACUUUUGUGUACUAUAUGAAAAAAGAAAAAGCUUAAGUCUGUAGUCUUUAUGAUCCUAAAAGGGAAAAUUGCCUUGGUAACUUUCAGAUUCCUGUGGAAUUGUGAAUUCAUACUAAGCUUCUGUGCAGUAUUACCAUUUGCAUCACUGAGGAUGAAAUUGAUUUGUCUUUUGGAGAAGCUAAAACAAACUGUACUGCUUGUUCAAGAGGGUCGUGGGUAAAAUUGUUAAGCAUUUGUUCCUGCCAAGGUAGUUUUCUUGCAUCUUGCUCUCCAUUUCAGCAUGUGUGUGGAUGUUUAUAAACAAGACAGUCUGAUUUCACAAGGGCUUUCUAAAAUUCUGUUCAAUAGAAGAUGACUUUUUGCUUUGAUAUUAAAAUUCAUUGAGUAAUGCAAACGCUAGUGAAAUGUGUUAGCAGCAUGCAGAACAAAUCUUUCAAAUGUAUCUCUUGUUACACAGUACACUGUCAUGUGAAGGUGUCAAAGGGAAGAAAUGUGGGUUCUGUGUGUUACUGGUAUUGUGAAGCCUUUUAUGAGCUUUAAAAUAAAGUUCAUCUUAUGGUGUCAUUUCUAAA